UUUCAUUCUUCUUUAUCUUUCUAUUUAUUUUAUUUUUCAUUACAAUUUUGUGUGGGUGUGUGUGGAGUACUUGAUGCGACCCAGGCUACCCCUUACUCUACUUCCAGGGGUGCCCUGGAAAUUUUACUUUGAGACCUGUUUCAGAUCUGGCACUUGAGGAUGAAAGUUAAAAAAUCGUGGGUCAAGCGAGCUAGUGCCUCACAAUGUGUGUGACCCUUAUCUUGAGGGAGAGGGGUAGGAAGAUUCUUGGUCUGGCUACAACAGCUAUCAACAUGGUGCUUGUCUUUCUCAGCCUGGCCUUGUUUGUAGCGGCAUUGGCUAUAAGUUGUAUAAGAGCGACCUGCCGAGCAAACAACGCAUGGACUACUUACAGCUGGAGUUUGAGUGUUGUGGCGUGACGUCAUACGAAGACUGGUUCACCACGGCCUGGGUCAAUCUGGCAUACGUGAACGUGCACGACGACCAGGUCAAGAUGUUUCUAAAAGAUGGAGAAUUCAUCAAGGACGAUGCCCCGUUCAGUUGCUGCAGCCGACACGCCAAACGCGCAUGCGUACACCACUCCGUCCGCGACGCCACUGUGCAUGCAAAGUACGAUGACGUCACGCUGAACACUGUCGGAUGUGUGGAUGCCGUUACAGAACACUUCCAGGCCACCAUGUUGGUCCCAACUGCCUUGCUGCUGCUAGUGAUUCUGCUGUUACAGAUAGCUGACGUGGCACUGAUGAGACUGCUGCAAACGUCUAUCCUGAAUGCCGAGGAGAUGAACGACCUGGAGGGAGACGGCUUGGCCUACUGCAUCAAGGGCUGGGGCGGGAAAGGCGGGAACGUCAAGGACUACUUCAAGAGAAAGCGCUCAGGCGAAGAUCUUGCGGAGUCGGGCGAGGUGGAUAUCGACGACCCCAAUGAUGAUGGUGAUGAGGUGAGUGAUGACUACGACGAAGAAGACGAAGAGGAAGACGACGAGGAUGAAGAUGAAAAAGACUUUUCCGGGAGGAGAAAGAAGAAGGAACAGCGCCCACAACGUCAAAUGGGAAGACGCGGAGGGCAAAAGAGGAAACCUGACGUUGGUGAUGAAGAAAGUGAUGAAAGUGACGAUGAUAGCGAUGAUGAUUAUAGCAGUAGUAGUAGUAGUAGCAGUAGCAGUAGCAGUAGCAGUAGUGAGUACGCUUAUCGUCCUCCUUACAGAGAGACGAAGAAGAAAGUGAAGAGGAAAGGAGUCGUUAAACAACGCCAUGAGCAAGACAGCAGCAGUAGUAGUAGCAGCAGUAGCAGCAGCAGUACCACCACCACCACCAGCAGCAGCAGCAGUAACGGUUAUGGUUAUGGGGGAAGAGGUGGUCAGAAGAAAAUGAUGAAGAGAGAGAACAAGAAAAGCGAUAAUAAAGAAGAUAGCGACGAUGACGGCGAUGGAAGAAAAGGGGACAAAAAGAAAAGGAAAAAAGAAGAUAAGGAAAAUAAAGAAGAUGAAAGGGGGGAGGGUGGUAAAAAGGCCAACCUGGGCUGA